AUGAGGCAGACAAAUCAGACACAGGUGACAGAAUUCCUCCUUCUGGGACUCUCUGAAGAUCCACACACACAGCAGCUGCUAUUCUUCUUGUUUCUGGGGGUCUAUCUGGUCACUGUGCUUGGAAAUCUGCUUCUCAUGUCCCUCGUUCAGGUUGACUCCCGGCUUCACACACCCAUGUAUUUCUUUCUCUGCCACUUGUCUCUGGCUGACCUUUUCUCCACCAACAUAGUUCCCCAGGCCCUGGCUCAUCUGCUUUCCAGGAAGAAGGUCAUGUCAUUCCCACGCUGUGCAGCUCAGCUGCUACUCUUCCUCAUUUUUGGGUGUACACAGUGUGCCCUUCUGGCCGUGAUGUCUUAUGACCGCUAUGUGGCAAUCUGCAGCCCUUUACGUUACCCUAGCAUCAUGACCUGGAGGGUGUGCGCACAGCUGGCCACAGGAUCAUGGAGCAGUGGCAUUGUCGUGUCUGUGGUGGACACCACUUUCACACUGACGCUACCCUACCGAGGCAGCAACACCAUUGCACAUUUCUUUUGUGAGGCCCCUGCAUUGUUGGUCCUGGCGUCCACAGACACUCGAACUCCAGAGAUGGCCAUUUUCCUUAUGGGGGUGCUGAUUCUCCUCACACCUGUUUCCCUGAUUCUGGUGUCCUACAGCCGCAUCCUCCUGACUGUGGUUAAGAUGAGGUCAGCCGCAGGAAGGCUCAAGGCGUUUUCUACCUGUGGUUCCCACCUAGUGGUGGUCAUCCUUUUUUAUGGAUCAGCAAUUGUCACCUAUAUGACACCCAAAUCGUCCAAAGAUCAAGAAAAGCUGGUUUCUGUGUUCUAUGCAAUGGUGACUCCCAUGCUUAACCCCCUCAUCUACAGCCUGAGGAACAAGGAUGUGAAGGGAGCUCUGAGGAAAGUAGCCCCAAGAAAUUUCUCAUGCAGGUUUGGAAUCUGA